AUGGCCGCACCAUCUCCUACCACCAAUGACUUAUCUUCCAGUGCGCCAACAACCGUGGCCUCGUUAACUGCAAAUCUUUCACCCGAGGGUAUUGCGAAGCUCCAGUCAGCUGCUGCAGCCGAGUUGCAAGCACGUAAACUCAAGAAAGCUUCCACGAAGGCAGGAAUAGCAGCAGCUCUCGAUGCAGGAAUACUAGGCAGGAUAUUCACCUUCGUCUCGCAUCUCCAUGUCGCGACCCCCGAGGAACCGGUUGAACCAGAGCCAACUCCCCAAACCCUUACCUAUCUUCCUAUCGACCCGCCGAAAGGUUCCAAACCCAAAUCCACAACGCACAAAGAGAAGACCAAGGCAGCUUCAGCCAAACCACAUCGCCUCCUCUCACUCCUCCUUGUCAACAAACAUUGGAAUGCGGCUGGGACGCCACUGCUUUACAAGCACAUCUCGUUAACCGGACAGACCGGAACCUGGGUUGCCCGAAAGCUUAGACGGACUCUAGAAAGCAAAAAGCCUUUGGUCCAGAGCAUAUUGUUGGAUGCUGAGCUGAGCAUGCUUGCGAACGACGAAGUAGAAGAAGGCUUGGAGGAAGAAACGAAGGAUCAUGUCCGAAUUGUCCGCGUAUGCGCAGAGAGCCUGAAGGAAGUUACAGUUCUGGGCUACACAAGUCCUAGCAUAAGCGAUGGCAAACUCACACCAUACGCCGAAGCCCUUGGCAGGUGUCAUGCUUUAACGACGCUCAACAUCAGUGGAGGCGACUCUGGGCUCUUGACAUUCGCAGAGCUUCUCGGGUUAAUGAGCGGGUGGCCCUUGUUAGAGCGAAUGGUCUUGAAGGAUGUUCUGCGGGAAGGAAACUCUUCGAUGGUGAACCCGACGGGCUGCAAACACCUCAAGAUGGUGAAGGUCAUCGACACGUUCACCGCCGAACAGCAAAUCAGUUUUGUACAGCUUGCCCAAGCUGCCCCCAACAUGACCGUGUUUUGGGUGGAACAACGGGGCAAGGGGGUCUUGCCCGAUGACCUUUUUGAUGCUUUGAAACUGUGGGCUGGCACGUUGGAGGGACUAUGCGUGCUGACUGAAGCAAACCUCAAACUGGAGACGAUUCUUCCAUCUCUCCACGCACUGCGACAGCUUGACGUUACCUCCAUGGUACUAAGACCCUCCGCCGACACACUCAAAGCCGGCAGCGCCAAACUCACUGGCCCUUCCUCCCUAUCACCUGCAACUGCUUUACCACCCGCAAACGCUGUUCAGCAACAUCUCAAGCCGCCUGGGAUACACACUCUUACCUAUCAUCAUCUCCCACCACCGCUUCUGCCUAUUCUGACAGAGUCGCUUUCACAGACGGACGUUUUCCCUACCUUGCGAUGUGUGGUGCUGAAGAACGGGAAAUCCUCGAAGAAGGAUAAAGACGCCAAACAACAACGCGAGAAAGAAGAUGGGUGGAAGGGCAAGAGCAAGAGUGUGUAUGGCGUUCCGACACGCGAUGUAGAUAGCGAAGGACCGAAGAUUCGCAGUAUGAUCCAUCAAGUCCGGUGGCACGAUAUAGUUGCUACCCCGCCCAGUCUAGUGCUCGGGUUCGAGUUAGGAUACGCUUCAGAUGCAGUCCAGGCAUUGAAGGCCGUUGGGCGACGGAGGAGAAUUAGAGUCGUAUUUUGA